GACCUCAGCCAGACCAUCGGAUGGUGCCAGCAGCGCGUGGAUGGUGUGUGUCCUACGAUUGCUCGCAAGUCAAGGCCGUGGGUUCUGAGCGUUGGCAAGGAGUUGGAUGCAGGUGACAAGAUGGACUUGAUGGGGAUUCCGCCGGACGCCAACUUUACUGGCUUGACCCCGGCCAAG